AUCAUCAUCAUCAUCAUUCGUGUUAUUUUAACCAUUCGGGGGUUGAUUGUCGUAUGUUUGGCAUCAUUUCAGCCAACCGAGAAAAAAGAAAAAUCAAGUAAAUACAAUAUUGAGUUGUCUGUCAAAAAGUAGGCGAUGGCCAAAAUCAAAAUAUAAAGUGGCAUUAUUUUCGUUUCGAUUCAAUAUUCAUUGCCAUUCAUUGUUGGACAUAAUUUGUUUACACCCGAAUUAUAUGAUCGUACAUUGUUGUCUAUUAUACAACAAAAAAUCUCCUGAUAGGCCAGAUGGUGUUUAUGCAAUUUCACUUUGUUCGUGACCACCACCACCACCAUCAUCAUCAGUUUUCAACAUCCGCACCUGUUCUGAUGGCUAGUUUGAAGAGCUGACAACACCUGUGUGUGUUUGUGUCUUUGUGAAUGUUCGAAUAUACGAUACCAUAACAAAUAUGAAUGUCCAAACAUUUCAACAUUUUGAACAUUUGAAAUGAAAAAAAAUAGAUAGACGAUCAUUGUUGACACGUGUUGAAUUGGUUAUCGUUGUUCCAUAAUCAUCAACAUAUCAGUUAUUCCAAACAUUUUGUUCAUUCGACCCGAAAUCAAUCAAUCAAUACACAACAAUGCCAUACAUAAUGUCACAUUCAAAACACUAUUUUACAUCACAAAAUUUUAUCAACUGUGCAUUUUAUUCCGCACUCGCAUCUUUAUUGCCAUUUUUAAAUGUUCAUCUGAGUGAAUUAGGCCUAUCAUGGUCACAAUGUUCAUGGAUCAAUUGUAUGUCAGCAUUGUUAAGUAUGCUUGGUCCACUUUGUCUUGGUCCAUUAGCACAUAAAUUAUCCGGUUAUAAACAGACGCUAGUAUUGACCAUGAUACUUGCAUUCCUAUCUGUAACGGCAUUACUUUUCAUACCAAAAGUGGUAUCGAAUGAACAUAGACCAAAAAUGUAUUACGAUUGUAAUGAAGGUGUAUUGCGUAUUGAACAAUGUCCAAAUUGGAAUGGCCAAUGUCAUACAUAUCCACAACGUCCAGCAACAAAUUUUUCUAGCUUCGAAAUCGUCACCUGUUCAUACAUCUGUAAUAAUGAUAAGAUUACAAUCAACUCGUCUUGGUAUCCGGUGAACGUAUGUUUUCAUGAUAGCAAUGAUCCAGUAAGCCUAUGCUUAGAUGUUCAAAAAGAGAAAAUAAUCCGCACCGAUUUAUCAUUAAGUCAAGAAGCCAGUAUACAAUUUGAUUCGCGGUUUGAUCGAUGGCCAGUGAUUGAAGGCCAUCAAGAUGAUGAAACCGUUGACCGUAUGUUUGAUGGACUUCGAACAUGUACAUUCAAACCAUCGCCACCUUUAUUAAUGUUGCAAAAAGUAUACAGCAGUAUUCAAUGUCGUCCAUAUGUUGCAAGCUGUAAUAUUUAUUGUUCAAUAAAUUUACGUCAUCGUACAAUGGGUGUAUCCGGAUCAGGUACGACACGUAUACGACCACCAACACCAUGUCAAAUGAUCAAAGGCAAUCCACAACAAACAUUCUAUCUAUAUCUAUUGUUUCGAUGUUUAGUCGAUCUAACCCUGUUGACAUCCAAUUCAUUGAUCGAAGCAAUACGUGUAGCUAAUACUAAUAAUUAUGAUUCCAUUUAUGCCGGAUUUGAAUGUUUCUGGACAAUCAUUCUGCCGUUCAUUGUAUGGCCACCGAUUUGUGGCUUGUUAUCAGAUUAUUUCAUUCAAAAAGAUGCACACAAUUAUGCACCACCAGUCAUCAUAUUCGAUGGUUUCAUUGCAAUCACGAUGUUUUUAAUCAUCAUGUUACCAUUGAAUUCUACUCAAACGAAAGAAUCAUCUAAAAUAAAUCCGAAAAAGAUUGUAUUACAACCGACAAAAUUUCGUUAUCCACGUCGCCAUAGCAAUCAAUAUUUAUUGUAUCGAUUAGCAAUACUCAUGCCGAUGGUACUAAUUCUCGGAUGUUUCUGGGGCUUAUCGAAUGCAAUGACUGGACCAUUUUAUCGUCAUUCAUUACAUUCAUCAAAUUUUCUCAUUGGCUUUGCCACAAGCGGUGCAUUCAUAGUGACAGCUUUGUUUGCCUAUAUGGCCAAAUCAGUGAUUUCAGGCGUUGGCCGUAUGAAUCUUAUUCUAUUGGCGUUCAUAUUUUAUUCAUUAAGAUUUGCUGGUAUCUCAUUUUUAGUGGAUAAAUAUCCGCAUAAAAAUUGGUUAAUAUUUCCUUUCGAAAUGAUGUCAUCAUUUUGCUUGCCAUUAGCAUGGAUCGGUGUCACUGCAUAUGGUCAACAUCUGAUUAAACGCAGUCCAAACGGAUUAAGUUAUGCAACCGGAACAACCAUAUUCCAGACAUAUUCACCACAAGUAAUCAUGCAAUAUACACUUGGUUUAAUCCAUUUUGGUGGUGGCCGUGCACUCGGAGCUGCAAUGGCCAAUAUAUGGUUGAAUUUAUGGCCCGAUGUUUAUAAUCAUUGGCUAUGGCUUACCGAUUUAGAAAUGAAAACAAUCAUUAGCUAUACACCGGAAUCGAUCGCCAAUGAUGAUAAUGCAGCAAGGGUUUUAUUUCGUUUUGCAUCCAUAUUAUCAUUAAUAUUUGGUUUAAUGUUUACUCUUCUGUAUCAUUCAUGUUGUUUAAAUUUUCUAAUUACCAGAAAUGAUCAUUCAUCAUCCACAUCUAUAUUCGGUGAUUCAUAUCGAGAUGAAAAUCUUCAUUAUCUUAAAUUAAAAUGUAAAUCCGAGAAUGAAGUUUAUCCACUACGUAAUCAACGAAAUCGAAGUAAUUCUAAAACAAGUGAACCGAUCACACGAUCAAUGGUGACACUACGAGAAAAUCUGGAAAGUUCAGUCGAUGAUGAUGAUGAUGAUCUGAAUCCGGAUUCCAUUUAAAAUUAUUAUUUUUUUUUUUUUGCCUCCGUCUGAUUUACUGUUAUAUUUAUUUAUAACAUAAGCAGUAUUUUUCAUUCAAUGAAUCAUUUGUGUUCAUGUCACAUAAAACACUUUUCAUCAAAUUCGAACAACGACUAUCAGAAAGUUUUUUUUUA